AUGAUCCGGGUUCGCUCGCUCGCGGCCGCUUGCGCGCGCGAAUGCGUGCGCUUUUCUUCGGCCGGGAGCUCUACGUCGAACGGGGUUGGCGCAAGGGCAGCAACUGGAGUGGUGGCUUUGCGGGCUUUGAGGGAGAGCAGCAGCUUGGCCUCAGCACAGCCACCCUCUGCUGCCGACGAAGCGCACUCAGAAGGUGCAGGAGUAAUCCAAAACGGAAAUCAGCAGCACGGGGGAGAGUUCCAGCGGGUCGAGGCGGUGGGGGACCUGCUGCGACAGCACGCGCGGGCGAGGGAAGAUUGGACGGGGCCCCUCGGGUUGACCGACUACGAGCGGAACCGCCUGCCGAAAGAACUCGUCCGCCGAAUCAAGCGGCUAGCCGGGGCCAACAAGCGUACCAAGAUGCGCCUGGUGAUCCAGAUACUGGAUGAGGGGAGGCAGCAGGGCAUCAAGGAGCUCGUCGUGUACAAGGCGGUCCUGAAGCAACUGCUGACCACCUACCGCGAAUCCAAGGAUGCUGCCCAAAACUUAGAGAGGGUCAUCGAGCGGAUGGAGGAAGACGGGCUUCAGCCGGACGUGACCACGUACAACCAUAUUCUUGAUCUCCACGCGCUUCUCCACAACUCGGAAGCGGCGGUUGCGGUGUACGAAGAGAUGCUCUCCAGGGGCGUGGAGCCGAAUCAGCGGACGGCCUCGCACAUGAUCGUUGCUCACUCCCGCGGCUGCCACGACGCCAUGUACAGGGCCGUGGAAGAGAUGUACGCGAAAGGGUGGCAGGGUUCACGAGUGGCAUGCCUGGGCAUGAUCGCGGUGAUGGGCAUUCGCCGAGACUACGAUGGGGUCCUAUACACAAUACGCCGCAUGCGGGAAGAGUCCAAACUUCCCACGGAGGCAGCCUUCGUCUGGGCGUAUAGGGCGGCGGAAAACUUGGGACAGGUGGAGACGGCCAAGCAGCUCUUCCAACACCGCGCGGAAGCAGGCUUGCCUCCUGCGGAGUACGUGUACGUCAAGAUGAUGUCGAUACUGAUGAAGGCCGGCAAGGCCGAGGAAUGCCUAGAGUACUGGAGGCAGCUGGUGUGCGUUCACGGUUUCAACGGCGUCGUCAUUCACCCGGAAACGUACAACCUGGCUAUCAAGUGCACCAUGGUGGUCGGCAACCAAGACGAAAUGGAGGCGGUGUUGGCGAUGAUGGAGGCGCAAAGGGUAGUGCCCACGGACGACACGUACUCGGCGGCCCUCGGCGGUCUAGAGAAGUGGUUUACCCCGCACCGGGCGCGGGGUGCUCAAAGAGCGUUUGAGGCCAUCGCUAGGUCGGGCCCCCCGCCGUCAACGAGGGUGCUGCAGAGGAAGGCCAAGGGGUGCGCCCACGCCGGCCUGUGGCAGGAGGCGGAGGAACUCUUCUCGCUCGUGCUUGCCGAGAACGGAAAGCUGAGCAAUAGCGACUGGAAGUGCCUCAUGAUGUCGCAGUUCUAUCUUGAAAGAUUCGGCGAGGUCAAGAAGUCGUGGUCUCGCAGCGUGAAGGGGUUGGAGGUGAACAAGGCAGGCCACUCGCACCGUAAGCUGGAGUACUCGCUCAAGGCCGCCAAGGCUCUGGGGGACGUCGACUGGGCCCUGGAGGUGCGCGACGCUGCGAGCGAGGCGGGAAAGAGAUCGGUGCACCUCGACCGGGUGUGGGUAGAGAUCCUGCUUGAGGCGGGGCGCCCGCAGGAGGCGCGGGAUGUUCUCAAGGAGUGGGAGGCGUUAGCGUUACGAGCAUCGUCGGCGCGAGUGUUUCAGGGGGUGUACGAGCUGGCUUUGGAGAGCUGUGAGAAGAGCGGAGACGUUGAGCUGGGGCUCGAGUUCUUUGAUGGAAUGCGGUCAGCGAGCCCCCCCUACCGGUUGCGCUCGUCAUGCCCAAGCGUCGCCUUCAUCCUGAAAGCUCUCAAAGACGCCGGCCGUGCCGAGGAGAUGGUGUCGUUUUUCGACGAAUUUCUCGCGUCAUUGGUGAGGAGCACGUGCCGUCCAACCAAGCCCGGAGUGCUUCGCGAUCGUAGCCGAGACAAGAGCUCGGGACGAAACGGCAGCUCCCGGGACCGAAGCGGCAGAACCUCUCCAAGAGGAACCAGCGGUGGAACCUAUCGAAGAGGAACCAGGGGUCGACCCCAGGGGUGGACAUGACACCGAGAGUGAGCUCUCCGUACACGCAUAAGGCGGCACCGGCUCGGCUCGCGACCCACUGACCCGUCCGAUCCGAGGCGUGAUUCCAAGCGAUUCCAGCAGAACGCUGCACGGGGUGUUCUGCAGGGCCUGCCGAUCUUGGCCCCAGUCAGUAUUUUUGUCGCCGUGGCGAAGCCAUCGGAAUCGGCAACUCGAUUGGUUCGGUUUCUGUUUUGACGUCUCUUUUAAUAAGGUGUUGUGCAUUUGGUUUUUCUUGGGAGCGCUGGGAUUGUCUCAGUUCUGUUGUUUUUUGAGGGGAAUCGUGAGAAAUUGGUGCGGACUUCCAGUUGUUGAUGACCUUGACUGGUUGUCACCAAGGCACGGCCGUGCCGGCCCUCUACAUACCGAUAAAUCCUGCCAAAAGAAACUGGCAAGUUGUACAGAAGCAUGUGUAGGAAGGAGUAUAGUUCUUGUCUAUGAUGAACAAUGCCGUGAUGCGAUCAGAUCUCAUGGUCUCCCGAGGUCCCGAGGUUGCGUCCCUUGUCACUUUCGCCGCAUUUAAUUGCCGAUUAAUGCAGGACCCAGACGCUGGUCUGCUGGCCCUCUAAAGGGGUGCAAGGAUUAGCCUUACGUAUAGUGCGAAGGCCGUUGCCACCUUUGCAGUGUGCGAAGGGUGGUCCACACUGUUGCCAGCAAGUCAGAAGUCGAGCCCCAGGCAAAAUAGGCGGGCUGUAGCGCUUGUUUGUGUGAGCCACGGUGCGGCAUGGCAUCACAAAGUAAUGAAGCCGUAGUAUCAAGGACCCGAUCUGAUCAAGCCAUGACGUUUUCAUGGUGUUCCAGCACCAUUUCAGGCCAUUGCAUGUGAC